ACCCACGUGUGUUAUUCAUCAUAAAGGUAGACAGACGGGUGCGCCAAGAGCUGUCAAGCAGGGCAAACAGAACUUCAUUGAGACAAACUUUGGUUGACAUAGAUGUAGCUCGGGGAGUCCUCACACCGGCACCAUGGCUCUGAAGGUAGACCUACCGCCGGGAAACUUCGCCUCCAAGUUGAUCAAGGCUCUGCAGAUGGACUCCAAAGGAGUUUUUCCGCCUCCGAGUGAGAAAUAUUCAGAUGAUGAGUCGUCAGUGGCAGACACUAGCACGAUACGCCGAGAAAUUCGCGGCUGGUCGGCGGCAACAGGCAGCACUGCUCGGAGUUCCCGGGCUGCCGUCCGCCCGAUAUCGCCGACAAGACGGAACAACCCCCACCCCUCUCAGAUGUUCAUGAGCUGGAAGGUGCCGACAAGACUGGUCACAGCAGACUACAACGCAGUCAAUGGACAAAAACCAGUAGAAAACGAUGUCCUCAGCGAGGUUGCAAAGGUACAGAAGAAGAGUCCUGUCAAGUUUGUCCAGAAGAAACAGCACGAACGUACCGACACCACACACUUCAGUCCUCCCAUCAACCACAAGAUGAAUCUCCAGUCCGAGGCCUUUGAGAGGCAGGCAGAGUCGGCGCACUACCUCAGUAAAACCUACCCCCCUCCCAAGAAAGAAAAGGCAUGGGAAAGUACCUUGCCUAAGAUUGAGGGUGGAACCAAGCCACAGCUGAUUAUCAAGAAGAAAGAGAAGAAAUACAAGCCUCCAAUUCAGUCCAUCGCCGACACCCUGAACCCCAGAACACGGUCUGCGGCUAAGCGCUGGCUGGAGAAGGCUACGGAGGAGGAUAAGCUUGUGGUGGAGAGGGUCCUGCAGGAGGCAGAGAAGGCCAGGAACAGUAAGGUCCUGGACAGGACACUCCAGCCUGGAGCCAAGAGUGCUGUGGAGAAGUGGAUGAAGGGAGCAUCAGAGGGAGAGAAGUUAGUGGCAAUGGAGUUCUUCAAGUCGCUGGCAGGGCAGAGGCUGAUGGGAGGGCCGGCGGGCAUGGCGACGGAUCCGUCCGACAGACACGCCAAACGCAGCCGGCUGGAGGCAGUUCUCAAGACUCUGGAGUCAUCAAAGGGUAAAACUGGAGUUGCAAUAAAGCUGGGUGCGGGCGGGCUGAGCAAGUCGGCGCCGGCGGGCACCACACGGCUGGGCCCGUACGUCGUGGGGCGGCUUCUGUCACCGCAGACGCGCCACAACAAGAUGGAGUACCAGACCUGGCACCACAUGCCCGUCUACCCCGCCAACAGCCGCGUCGAGAACAGGGGCGCCAUGUACAUCGCUCCUCACGGCUUUGUGCCGCGACACUUCACCAUCCAUCCCGAGUGGUCGUAGGCUUGGCACAGAAAUACUUCAUUCUACUCUAAUGAUGCUUUUGCUUCUACAGACUAGCAUUUGUCAGUAUACAAAUCUUCUGAUACGGGGUUAGAAUCUCCUCAGUAAGCCCCUGCAGGCAGUAUCAUGCAUUGCCAAGAAGUUGAAAUACACUCCUGUGUACACAUGACAGAAAAUGAAAGGAGAAAUAUAUAUUGUCUUGGCCGGCCUUACAAUGCCAACUUUGAUUUGGAAUUGUCACAUACAUGUACAUGUAGAUCAAUGCAGUUGAAGACAAUAGCUGGUCACGUAGCUGUUACAGCUAUGUGACCAUAUUCGCAGAUGGUUUGAAUUUGUCUAUCUGAGCCUGUUUCUUGGAUACAUUGACCAAAAUGCUGCUUUUAAUUCAAAGAGGUUACGGAGAUAUCACCCUGUAUAGGUGAAUAUAUAUACCCAGAGAGGCAAACAUCAAACUGAAUUGAAUAUAUCCCUCAUCAUGCAUACCUCAGAGACAGAGCUGUAACUUAAGAGAUGGUAUACCAGAAAUAUGGGAGAUACCAGAAAACUGCUUGAACAUUUGAUUUGGUUUGCAUUUGUCUCUGCUUGUGACCGCAUGCUUUGCAAACGUCUGACUGUAAAAAAAAUACUUGGAACAUUUAUUUUGUAUGACUAUGUUCCUGCCAAUGCUGCUACUUACAGUUUGUUAAGUGUUUGUUUGUCACAAUUUAUAACAAGAUUGUUUUGAAACAAUCAAGGUCACACGCACCUGUGUGCACAUUGAUACACAAUUAUGUUUGAACUUAUUUUGCUGCACAGUUGUAUGCACCAGCACUGACUGAAGUUAUUAUAUAAAGUCAUUAAGGUAAAGCGUCAAUUGCAUGCUACAAUAGGACCAUCCACUGACUCCAAAUUCUGAAAGCUUACUUUGAGUCUAAAAGGCAUCUACUCAGAAUGUGUUAAGGGGGAAAGACCAUAACAAACUUGUGGUGGGCCCAGCUUAGGGCACCUGACAUGCCUACCUGACUCAAGCCUUUGUAUAUAAUGCCAUUUUCCAACACUAUAGGAUUAGGCCACACAAAUUCUGUUCCCUGUUUCUACAAUAAUCCAAAAUCCAGGGAAAAGAAUCUUCAUGUAAUACCAAUAGGAGGUUAUCAGUAAUGUGGACAUUGUAUGAAAUAAGAUUACCAAAAUCAUCAUUGAUUAACACAACUACAGGGUUCUUUAUGAGUUUUAUCAUACAGAUAAGAAUAAUCUAAACCUAAUUCUUCAAGGUUAAUUAAGUCAAAUCACUGUAAAUAUACUAAGUACAAUUGUCAGCUAUAUUUGUGAGCUGACAUUAUUUCUAUGCAGAUAUUGAGAUUUGUAAUAAUUGUGGAAAUUGUUGCAAAAUCAUGACUUCAAGAAAUAUUGUACUACUUUUGGGGUGAACUACAGCAAAGUUUUAUUUACAUAUUGAUAUGCUGUACAUAGAGGCGUAUAUUUCUGUUGUUCAGCUUUUUUUCUUACUGUGAAGUUAUCUUUCCAGAUACAUUAUCUUGAGGUGUCUGUAUCUUGAUUUCAUGUAUCUCUUCUGUCAUAUUUCCUAUACUCACUUGUAUAUUCAUAAAAAACAAUGCACCAUAUUAUGUAUAGUAUCAAACACAAUCAAUAAAAUCAACAAAAUGUCA